AGCUUGUACAUCGAAGAAGAAUUGGGAGGGUGGUCCGGUAAGCUGUUAGCUGCAGAGCAGCAGCGUGUUCCGCUGCGCUUUCCUGACGCUAUUUUAAUUAUUCAGUCACGGAAAUAGACUAUCUUUAUUUUUUAACGAGUUAAACAGAGGAGCUUGCAAUGGCGACUGAUUCAGGCUACGGCGGCCAGCAAAGCUAUGGAGGGUCAUAUGGAAGUCAGCCAAGUGGCCAGGCCUACGGCCAAGGAAAUGCUGGUGCCUCAUACGGAGGACAGAACUAUGGUAGUUAUGGUCAGCAAGGUGCACCACAGGGCACAGAGGGUUACAGUCAACCCCAGCAACAAAGCUUUGGAAAUUAUGGACAGGAUUCACCUGGGUAUGGAGACAAGCCAUCUUAUGGUCAGCAGGGACCUGGGUCUUAUGGUCAGCAAAGUUCUUAUGGACAACAGAGUUCCUUUGGUGGCCAAGGACAGACAGGAGAAGGCUACGGACAGCAGGCCUCCUAUGGAAGCCAGGGUAGCAGUGUGUAUGCUGGUACCCAAGGGCAAGCAGGAGGUGGUGGUGGUGGCGGCGGCAGCAGCAGCUAUGGAAGAUGGAGUGAGGGUGAAAGUGGUGGUCAAGGUGGGAGGUUUGGUCGGGACCAAGGAGACCGCUCGGAAGGAGGGGGCUUCAGAGGCCGAGGCCGUGGGGGUUACGAUCGUGGUGGCUACGACCGCAGUGGUGGCUUUGACCGCGGAGGAUAUGACCGUGGCGGUAGAGGUGGACCUCCUGGUAUGGGAGGUGGUGACCGUGGUGGCUACAAAAAUUUCGGUGGCUCUCGAGACUAUGGCUCAAGGGAUGAACCCGCUGGGGAGCAGGACAACUCAGACAACAACACCAUCUUUGUUCAGGGCCUCGGAGAAGACGCCACCGUUCAGGAAGUUGGAGACUACUUCAAACAGAUCGGUAUCAUCAAGGUAAAUAAGAAGACUGGCAUGCCAAUGAUCAACAUCUAUUCAGACAAGGCGACCGGUCGUCCGAAAGGGGAGGCUACAGUGUCGUUUGAUGACCCUCCUUCAGCCAAAGCCGCCAUUGACUGGUUUGAUGGAAAGGAGUUCAACGGCAAACCCAUCAAAGUAUCGUUUGCUACUCGCAGAGCCGAGUUCACGCAGAGAGGGGGGAGAGGAGGCCGAGGAGGUUUCAGAGGUCGUGGUGGAGGCGGCGGACCAAACUUUGACAUUAAAGGAGGGGACUGGCCUUGUCCAAACAGCUCCUGUGGCAACAUGAAUUUUGCUCGAAGACAGGAGUGUAACAAAUGUGGUGCACCUAAACCAGGAGACGCAGGGUUUGGAGGAGGAGACCGUGGAGGCAGAGGUGGAUUUGGAGGUGACAGAGGGGGUGGAUUCAGAGGCCGUGGUGGUGGCGGUUUCCGUGGGGGAGAUCGUGGUGGUUACGGAGGAGGCGGUGGCGGCGGCGGCGGCGGAGGAUUUGGAGGAGGAUACAAAAUGGGAGGAAGAGGUGACCGUCGAGACGACAGGCGAGAUCGGCCAUACUAAACGUUGAGCGGCGAAACCAUUCCAGCCCUUCAGUUUGCCACGGGGGGUGUAACUCUGAAAAGAACAUUAGGGGGGGUGGAUCAGACGUUUGUCUGUUUUGUAGGUCGUCCAUCCUAAUUAUUACUGUUCAUCUUUGAUGCAUAUGUUUGUGUUAAUGUGAAUAGGGGUUUGGGACUGGUCGACAUGUUAAACCUUUUUUUGUUUUAUUCUGUACAUCUUUAUUUUUGUCAGAUUCUAGAUGCAGGUGUUUGUGAGGCUGUGAAUCAUUUUUUCUUUUGUAUGAAUGGAAAUAAAAACCUUUUACUUGGA